AUGGCGCCUCAGACACCUGCUGAGCCUGAGGAAGCCCCCUCGGGUCACUCAGUUCUGAGGGCUGACUUGAACCUCCGAUAUGUUCCCGAAAGCUCGCAAGACAAAAUUAUCUCUGAUGAAGAUGUCUUUGAAACACUACUGAAAAUAUUUAAAGCUCUGUUCAUAAAUGACUUCAAUAGACAAGCACAUAUUUUGGCCUUACUUCCAGAAAUGAAAUGUAGAUAUCUGGAAUUACUGACUGCGGAGCAGAAGCGAUCAGAAGUAAAUUCAUGUAACCGCCAGAGUCAACAGGUGUUUAGUCCAGCAGAAGUUCUGUUUAAUACACUAGGGUUCAGUCUUACCCGAGACCAAAGUUCCCUGGUGUCUGCUGGAACUGGAGUCUUUGUUACCAAAGGUUUUGUACCAAAAGGGACAGUUGUAUCUAUGUAUCCUGGUACAGUAUACAGAAAGCAUGAGCCCAUCUUUUUCCAGUCCCUUGGCAAUCCCUUUAUUUUUAGGUGCAUAGAUGGUAUCCUUAUUGAUGGGAAUGAUAAAGGACUAUCAAGAUCAGUGUACAGGUCUUGCAGCAGGAGAGAUCAGCUUGGCCCAUUUCAAAUGAGUGAUGAGAGCUGGCUCACAGCUGCCCUGCAAAACCCACUGGCGGUGGGACAGUAUGUCAACAACUGCUCACAUGAAAAAGCAGCCAACGUGUGUUAUCAGGAGUUUGAUGUGCCAGGAUAUUUUCCAGUAGAACUGAAACAGUAUCUUCCAAACAUCGUCUACAGCCAUGACAUAGAGAGCCACCUGAGGUGUGUAGUGCUUGUGACUCUCAGAGACAUCAAGCAAGGAGAAGAACUUUUUUCUAAUUACUACACUGUUGUCAACUGAAUUAAUGGAUUCAAGACUGAAGAAAUCUGUGUCAUUAAAAUACUUCCUGCGUGUG